AUGGUGGACGUAGUAAAUUAUUAUGCGGGCAAGUCCAUCUUGAUUACCGGGGCUACUGGUUUCAUGGGGAAAGUGUUGAUGGAGAAGCUUCUCCGUUCUUGUCCGGAUAUAAAGACUAUGUAUAUUCUGGUGAGGAAGAAGAAGGAUCAGACAGCAGAACAGAGAGUUCGUAAUAUUGUGAACUGCAAGUUAUUUGAAAAGCUGUUGGAUAUGAAUCCUAAAGUCCUGCAUAAAAUCAAAGUUAUCAAUGGGGACAUAAUGGAAGAAGGUUUGGGUUUAUCCCGACAACACUUAGAGGAGUUGCAAAACGAAUGUCAAAUAGUCUUCAACAAUGCCGCAUGCGUCAGUUUCAAUCUAUCCUUAAAGGAUGCUGUAAAGACGAAUGUUAUGGGUGCCCAAAAAGUAUUAGCGAUUGCAGACACCAUGAAAAAAUUGGAGGCUUUUAUUCACGUUUCUACCUCAUUUUGUCAAGAUCAUCUUAAAGUUGUUGAAGAAAAGGUAUACCCAGCACCGCAUUCGCCAAAAAAAAUCAUUGAUAUAAUCAGUUGGAUGAGUGAUGACACCCUCGCGAUUCUUGAGAAGAAACUAGUGCCACCGUUUCCCAACACUUACGGCUACACAAAAUGUCUUACAGAGCAAUUAGUUGCAGAUCAUGCUGCAAUAUACCCUGUCGCUAUAGCUAGACCAUCAAUAGUGAUACCAGCUUUUAAGGAUCCUAUGCCUGGCUGGGUGGACAAUAUAAAUGGACCUAACGGGAUAAUGUACGCUGCUUCCAGAGGCGUACUACACACUAUUUACUGCAAGGAAACAACAAUGACAGAUAGUAUACCUGUUGAUAUGGUUAUCAAUGGAUUGAUUAUUCUUGGAUGUCUGACUGCAACUGAAAAGUCAAAGGAAAUCCGUGUUUGCAAUAUUACUCAAUCCGGGGUCAACGCCAUUACUUGGUAUAAGGGUUCUUUAUUGUGGUCUGAAUAUUUAAUGAAAUAUCCAUUAACCAAGUGCCUCUGGUAUCCAGUGGUUAAAGCCAAACAUUACGAAUGGGAGCAAAAAAUUGAUUCAUUCUUCGAACACACAUUACCAGCCCAUUUAAUUGAUUUUCUGCUCAUGUUGUUCGGACAAAAGACAUUUAUGACAGCCGUUAAUAAACGAGUCACAAGCGGUUUAAAUCUCCUCCAAUACUAUUGCAACAGAGACUGGGAUUUCAGAAAUGAUUAUUUCAGAUCAUUUAAAAAUUUAAUUACCAAAAAAGACAACGAAAUAUUCUUCACUUCUAUGGAGGUUAUUGACCCGAAGGCUUAUAUGGAAGUGUACGUACAAGGUUUAAGGCAGUAUUACUGUAAAGAAGAUUCCUCAACUUUACCCAAAGCUAGAAAAUUACUAAAUUGUACUACAUUCAAUAAAAUUGUCGACGUUCUUAAAAGCGAAGAAAAUCCCUUUAAAGAGGGAAGGAAAAGGGAGGAAGGAAAGUCGUAUUUAAAAGUAACACAUUGCCUUUUCGACAUGGACGGUACUGUUUUAAAUUCUGAAGUUAUGUAUCAUAAAAUGAUUGAAAAAAUUUGUUGCAAAUACAACAAGACGUACACAAAAGAUUUACAGGUCAAAAUGUAUGGUGUAACAGACAGAGAGAUUUGCACGACCGUAGUUCAAGAGUUGAAAAUGCCGAUAUCAAUAGACGAGUUUGAGAGACAACUGAGCGAUUUGGCGAAAAAAUUAUUGCCAAGUGCUCCUCUACAAGAAGGUGCUGAGCGUCUUUUGACCCAUUUGCACGACUGCAAAAUCCCAAUGGCUUUAGCAACUAACUCCACAGCACAGGCCGUCAGACUGCAUGCUACAGCUCGACCGAAGCUAUUUGGAUUGUUCCAUCAUAAAGUAAGUGUAACUGACCCAGAAGUUGUUCGCGGUAAACCGUACCCCGACAUAUACAUGGUGGCUGCUGCAAGAUUUCCAGAUAAACCUAAGCCGAAACAGUGCCUCGUAUUCGAAGAUUCCUUUGUUGGUGUGAAAUCAGCCGUCGAAGCGGGAAUGCAGGUGGUUAUGAUACCGGAUAGUCGCAUCGAUCGUGAGCAAACCCGACAAGCGACACUAGUCAUACGCUCCCUACUAGACUUUCAACCUGAACUAUUUGGCCUACCACCAUUUGACGAUACUCCAAGACCUUGUUCUAGAAUAGAAAAUUUAAUAUUUAUAAUUUUACCUGAAAUUUUAACUGAGAAGAAUCCUGAUUUGCAAUUUGAAUCGGGCCUGGAUACUUUAACACCGUCGGCUAUAGGUUUAAAAUUUUAUAUAAAUAUAAAUAACACAUCAGAAAACGAUUACGAAAUUGAAAUAAAACCUGACGAAUGCUGCCUCGAGGAUGGAAAUAGAUUGGAUUGUGACUAUUUACGGAUCUUAGAUGAAUUUAGAACUUCAAUAACUAAUGGCUCUACUAAAAAUGUAAAGAUUAUAGCACCACUUCUAGAUGUCUACGAAAGGAAAGGUCAUUGUGUUGUUUAUAUUGAUUCAAAAUCCAACGCAAGUAAAAUAAGAAGAAACACACUUACAUUACGGUUCGAUACGAAAAGUUCCAGUGGUAAAAUAAAUUUACCAAGAAACUAUAAAGUUUGUAAAUCAAAAGACGAAGAUCCGUUAAAUGAUUGCCAGCCAGUCAAUUGUGAUACGUAUUAUAACAGCAGGAAGAGUUAUUAUAGCAAGAAGUAUAAACGAUGUGCUAGAACUCCUGCUUGUGUGUCCAAAGAUGAUACUGAUACUCCCAAUGUUAUUUAUAAUCCAAUAACAAAUAAAUGUACAGAAGAAGCUCUUAUAAAGGAGGAUCUGAGAUAUGUUAAAAGUCUAAGUAAAAUAACAGAUAAACUGCAAAAACGAAGAAAAAGUAAAGGCAUCUUGAUCAUUACUAAAAACAGAUCAAACGCCUCAAAGUUUUUGGAUGAUUCUGAUUUUAAUGACGAACCAGUGAAAACUACACCAAGGAAACAUCCAAAAACUUUGUUAACACAACCAAAAACACAAACAAAAGUGUUCCAACACACAACCGCAAUUAUAAGUACUUUACAAGCAUCAGAACAAGCUAAAUCAAGAAGUGGCUGUACAAAGAAAAUAUUCAAAAAAUAUCUUGACGCUAACAAAUGGACGUUCAUUGUGCUCGGUAUAGUCGUGACCGUGCAAUGCUUUUUAAUUUGCACAAUGUUUUAUUGUCUAUCGAAAACUUGCAACUGCUUCAAAGACAAAAAAGUUGUACGGAAGUUUUUCUAUCAUGGCCACGACGCUUCUGUCACAACACCUCUAAUUGGUACUAGUAAUAUUGACACAGAAACUGAUUACCAAUAUGUAACAGACUCAUCUAAAGUCGACCAAAAAAUCAAAUGUUACAAAGCAUGUCAGAAAGAAAUAAACAAUGAUAUGAAAGUAAGUAUGUCCGACGAUAUAUUGUCUAAGUGCUUGAAUCGAAGAGACUGGAAAAAACUUUCUAAAUCUGAAGCUGUUGCUAAGGAAGGAGAGAUUGUGCAAAAGAUAUUGGAAGAAAUAAAAGAUAACCAUAACUCAAAAAUAGAAGGCAAUAAAAAAAUUAGCGAAACCAGAGUAGUCUUCGAAGACGAAAUUAGCAAACCCGUGAAACCAAAAGCUUCUACAAUAAAAAGUAUUAGGAUUGUUGAAAUGGAGAAGGAAAAAGAAAAUGAAAUUGAAAAUCAAAAUCAAAAUCAAUACGAAAAUGAAAAAGAAAUAGAAACAGAAAAAAUGAACAGAGACUUGGCAGAAACAGUAUCUGAAAAGGAGAUAAAAUGCCACAGUUAUAACUGUGAAUCUAAUUUAACUGGAUUUCAACCACACAAGAAGACGGGCUGUUUUAAAUCAGAACCAUCAAAACGAGGAACAAUAUCUCUAUCAACUGAAAAAGAAGCUCAAGCUUGUUUCCCAAACGACUCUAUAGACGAUUUCUUAUCUGAACGCGGUGUUAUUUAUUUAGCUGGUGAGAAUCUUUCAAGGUACACCUUCCAUACUGACUCUAAAGAAAUUAAACUAUCCAAUACCUCUUCGAUAUCAAGUAAAACAUCCAAAAAUUUUCUCAAAAAUGUCCUGUCUCGGCUUCGUAAGAAAUCUAGACAGGGUCCAUCUUCAGAUCCCGGGCAGAAAAAAGAAAUGGACCUCGAAUUGAUACAUAUGUCGAAAGCCUCUGUGUAUUCAUCAAGCAAUGAUUCAGACUGCGCCAAAAUAUUCAAAAGGAAGGAGGAUUCUAGAACUUCAUUUUAA